AUGCCACCCGCUGCCUCUCCUCCUCCUGCCUCAGCGGAACCCCCUCUCGUUCCCGCACACUGGCGCCAUAUCGCUUCGUCCUCACCCUUCUCCCGACGAACCUCGUACACCGCACCAGCAGCCAAUUUCCGCACCUAUCACGACCCACGACACCCCGGCAUCGUCUGGGAAUGGAGUACUCGCGGUCACAGGAAGGGCAUCCCGCCUCGACCGCUUCGUCUGCGCGAACAACCGAGCCGCGACGAGGAGAAGCAUGCCGGGCUGGCAGGCGAGCCUGAGAAGGAGUGGAAGAUCGAGGAGCGCAAGGCGAAGAAUGUCUGGGCGUUCGUCAGGAGGACGAGGUGGUGGGGUUGGGACGUGCACGACAUCUCGUGGUGGGUCGCCUUCCUCUUCACGCUCGGCUCCGUCUGGUGGUGCAUCCAGGGCAUCAUGGUUUUCUGCUACUCCUCAAACACCUCGACCACCUUCACCAACACCGAAUCUGCCAUGUCCUUCCUCGGCGGGACGACCUUCCUCUUCGGCUCGUACCUUGGAUGGGUCGAAAGCUUCAACCCGGCUUGCUCUGGGUCGGAAGACGACAGCGACUCGACUUCGAUGGACAACGACGCGAAGCAGGCGGCGAGCGGGUCGGACGGGAAGGCUGAGCGGAACGCGGAGAAUGCACCUGAUGCUACUGCGAAGCCAAGGAGGAAGAGUUGGUCGACGAUGGGGUGGGAGGCGAAAGGGGACCUCCAAUCGCUUACCGAACCUGAUCAAGCUCGCCCAAACUCGACUCUCGGUCGCCGCCGUCGCCAUUUCGGUUCGCAUCUCGCUCCUUCAAAGGCCUCUUCGUUCCCUCCGCCCCCAUCGCCCGGCUCAACAGCCUCCGACACAACUUUCACGCCCUCCUCUCCGUCCUCAACCUCGAACCGCCCGCCUUGGCGAUGGUUCCUCUUCCGCCCUCCUCCUGCCUCUUCUCCCAUCUUCCUCGGCUACGUCGCCAACACCGUCCAGCUCUUUGGGGCCACCGCCUUUGAAGUCAGCGUCAUCUCCGGUCUGCCGGGUGUUUUGCCUGCGAGUGGCGCGAAGGGCGGGCCGGAACAGCAAGGUAUGCCGGAGCGGGAUUGGGUCGCAGCGUAUUGGGCUAGUCUAGUCUUCGCCCUAGAGACGCAGAAGCGGUGGUGGAAGAUCAAACCCUUCAGUGUCGGAUGGCAUGUAGGAUUCUGGAAUAUCGUCGGAGGCUUCGGCUUCCUCUUCUGCGGUAUCUUCGGCAUCUGGCGCCAAACCGACAUCUCGAAUCCCGAACACUUCCAGUACUGGGGGACGGCGUUCUCGACGUUCUGGGGCAGUUGGGCGUUCUUGCUAGGCUCGUACGUCCAGCUACUCGAAGGACUCAACAAGUGGUCGUAG